AUGGACGAAAUCCAUGCAAAUGAGAAGUAUGUUCCGAGUCAGGAGCCACAAAAUGCCGACGAGAGUACUGGGAAAGUCCUCUCUCUCGAUGAUAAUGAGGUUGAACAGUUCUAUGGUUCGUCAACCACUCAAGCGUACCGACUCAAAUCUGAGUUGAUUGGGAAAUGCAUGGAGGAGAUUGGGAUGGGAAAGUUUCAAUGGAAGCUCUUCGUGGUCACCGGAUUUGGAUGGAUGGUGGACAACUUCGCAUCUCAAGGCAUAAGCAGUGUACAGCCUCCCAUUGAGCAAGAGUUCUCAGAUAUCACUAAGAUCAGCUAUAGCUCUGUUGCAUACUAUGUAGGUCUGAUCAUAGGUGCAUCAUUCUGGGGUCUGUCGAGUGACCUUAUCGGUCGAAAACCAGCAUUCAACUGCACACUUCUCAUUGGAGGAAUCUUCCUAUGUGCUACUGCUGGCGCUAUGAACUUCAUCGCUUUUAGUGCGUUCUGGGCUGUCAUAGGUACUGCUGCUGGUGGAAAUGUACCAGUUGACUCUAUGAUUUUCUUGGAAUUCGUCCCUGGAAGCCACCAAUAUCUCCUCACUGCCCUUUCAGCUUGGUGGAACCUGGGACAGUUGAUUGUCUCGUUGGUAGCCUGGGUAUUCCUUGCGAAUUUCAGUUGUCCAACUGAUGCGACACCUGCGACAUGUCCUCGCCAUGAAAACAUGGGAUGGCGAUACACAAUGAUCACCCUCGGAGGUCUUGCACUUGCGUUCACUUUCAUCCGCGUUUUCCUCUUCAAGCUGCCUGAGACUCCACGAUACCUUUUAUCUCAAGGACGAGACCAGGAUGCCGUGGAUGCAGUGAAUUACGUCGCAAGACAAAAUGGUAAAGCCGAGCUACUAACAAUAGGCAUGCUGCGUGAAAUCGAUGCUCGAUUGGGCAUGACAGUUAACGAAGACGAAACACGAACGAAGCUUUCCGUGAAAGAGAUUAUAUCCGAGAACAUGGAGGCUUUCAGAGGCGAGCAUUACAGAGCUUUAUUCGCUACACGCAAGCUUGCCAGACAAACUAUCAUCAUUUGGGCUAUCUGGUUGACUGUUGGCAUUGCAUAUCCACUCUACUUCAAUUUCCUUCCAUCCUACCUAGCGACGAAGUUUACAUCGCUUUCCUCAUUGUACAUUACAUACCGUGACUACUGUAUUGAGUCAGCGGUCGGUAUCGUGGGUCCCUUGUCUGCAGCAGUAUCUGUCAACACCCGUCUUGGUCGACGAUGGAUGAUGGGGAUUUCGGCUGUGGUUACAGCAGUAUUCCUCUUUGCAUAUGUGGGAGUGAACAACCAAACCUCGAGCCUAGCAUUCUCGUGUAUCACCAUUCUCCUAGCAAACUUUGAGUAUGCAAUCAUGUAUGCGUUUACUCCGGAGUCAUUCCCCGCGCCUCAUCGUGGGACAGGAGUAGGAACAGCUGCGGCAUUGCUGCGCUUUGGAGGUCUUGUGGCUAGUUUGAUCUCGUCACAGACUGGAUUCACGAGUGCACCUAUCUAUGUCAGUGCUGCUUUGUGGGUCGUUGUGGGUAUCUACUGUCUGGGACUGCCAUUUGAGACACACGGUCAUGGUGCUUUGUGA